AUGUUCUCGAAAUCCCUCACCCAAGCUGUGCUGCUUGCCUGCCUAGCUGUCAGCUCGGUCCAGGCUGCGGUUCCACAGAUUUCCACCAAAGGCACAAAGUUCUUCUACAGCAAUGGAACUCAGUACUACAUGAAGGGAAUUGCCUAUCAGCUCACACCUGCCGAUCCAUUAAUCGAUACCGAGCAAUGCCAACGCGACGCUGAUCUGAUGGGAACAUUGGGUGCAAAUGCUAUUCGUGUAUACCAUGUUGAUCCCCAGGGAGACCAUAGCGGUUGUAUGACUGCCUUUGCGAAUGCUGGUAUCUAUCUCUUGGUUGAUCUGGACACUUUCGAGACGGAUAUCGACCCAAUCCAUACAUCGUGGAACCAAUCCCAAUUCGACGCCUUUGCCGCAGUCAUGGAUGCCUUCCACACCUAUGACAAUACUCUUGGAUUCUUUAUUGGAAACGAAGUCAUUGCCCUAAACAACCAGUCCCUCGCCGCACCAUACAUCAAGGCUGCCGCAAGAGACAUGAAGACGUACAGAGACAAAAAAGGCUACAGAAAGAUUCCAAUUGGAUAUUCUGCGGCUGAUAUCGCUGAACUUCGCCCUAUGUUGCAAGAUUAUCUUGCGUGUGGAUCAAAUGCCGCCGAGGCUGUCGAUUUCUUCGGCCUGAACGCCUAUGAAUGGUGUGGUCCCAACGACAUGACAACCUCGGGUUACAACAGACUCAACAGCUUCGCUGAGAACAUCAACAUCCCGAUCUUCUUUUCCGAGACAGGCUGCAACACUGUCCGACCUCGUGAUUUCCAGGACCAAGGUGCCAUCCUAGGACCUGAUAUGGACGACCUCUGGUCUGGAGCCAUCAUCUACGAGUGGAUCGAGGAAGCCAACAACUACGGUCUCAUCUCGUACGGACCUCCCGUCUCAGCCACCGUUGUAGCUUCAGAUAUCGAAGGCGGUUUCUCCCGACGUGGAACUCCCACCCCAGUCGCACCAGACUUCACCAAUCUCCAAAAGGUCUGGGCUACUCUCCACCCCAAGGGAGUCGCCAGCUCCGCUUACUCCCCAUCCAUCACUCCUCCAGCAUGCCCUAGCUCAACAGCUGGAGGCUGGUUGGUCAAUGGCAAUGUGGCCCUCCCCAGCAUCGGUCAGGUUUUGGAGACAGCCACAACUGCUUCUACCACCGGCACACCCACCGGAACCGCCACAGGCAGCGCCGCAUCUGCCUCAUCCACCAACAAGGGUGGCGCCAAUGGCAGCAAAGAGAUUGCUGGCAUGAGCGCCGGCCUCGUCGCAGUCAUGCUCUGCUUCAUGUGGUUCCUAUAA